AAACGAAGUCGACUCCGUAACCGUUCGACAGUUUCCGAUAAAACAUGGCUGACAUAUAGAUUUACAUUUGACCGAGAAAAGGGAUACAAGAAUUUGAUAAAUAUAUAAAAAGAUGCCAGUGCCACAGGGUUAUGGAGCCCAGGGCCCAAGUUGUAUGGACCGGAUCAAAUUGGGCUUCAUGAUGGGAUUCAGUGUAGGACUCGCUACAGGCGUUGUGUUUGGGGGAAUACAGGCUUUCAGAUUUGGAGCCAGGGGUCGGGAACUUAUUCAAACUGUGGGAAAAUCAAGUUUACAAGGAGGUGGCACUUUCGGGACAUUUAUGGCCAUUGGAUCUGGAAUUCGCUGCUAAUGUUCACUUGGAAUUGGAUCAUGCACGCUGCCUUUUACAUUGAAAUCAAACUAUUAACGCCUAGUAUGCUUGGCUCUCAACAUACUGUUACAUUAUGUUAAGAGAAAAUUGUCAGUGCCAGAGUGCUGGCUAAAGUGUUAAAUUUAUCCAUGGGUACAUAUUAGUAUAUAUAUGUAAUCAUAUUUCUCAUUAAUAUAUUGAAAGAAGUUAAUACAGAAUGCAAAAAAUGAAUGCCCUUGAAAACAUAAAACAGAGCUAUAAAAAAUGAGUGUAUAGAGGAAAUGAUAUUCACAUUUUAAUUCAGCACUGAUCAAAGAGAUCAGGGAUGAUCAAUUAUUGUUGAAAUUUUCAUUUUCAAUCAUGUAUGAAUUUUUGUUUGAAUAACUUUAAAAUAAAAUAAUCCAAAGUGAA